AUGAACAAGCCUCCACGAGAAGAUGACCGCAACAACACUGUUUCUACUCUCGACUCCAGAUUCAGCCAAACCCUACGAAAUGUUCAAGGGUUACUCAAAGGUCGUAGCAUGCCCGGUAAAAUAUUGUUGAGCAGAAGGUCAGAGCCAUCCGAUAACUCUAUCUCGAAGGUAUCCUCAACAUUUUACAAAAGGAGUUUCUCGCAGAAUGAUGCUGGGACGAGCAAUCACCCGUCUGGUGCAGUAGAGGAGGAAGUUCAGAGUACAAGCAAAUCAGUCAGUGUUGCUAAUGUUAGUAAGUUGAAAAUAUCAACCUCCCUUGGGGAAAGAGAUAACUUGUCCGAAGAUAUUCGCAAGUAUACUAUGGGUGCUAGAGCUACUGAUUCGGCAAGAGUUACAAAGUUUACUAAAGUGCUUUCAGGACCAGUGGUUAUAUUAGACAAAUUGCGGGAAUUAGCUUGGAGUGGUAUUCCAGAUUAUAUGCGUCCUAAAGUGUGGAGACUCCUCUUGGGAUAUGAACCACCUAAUUCAGAUAGAAAGGAGGGAGUUCUGAGAAGGAAGCGUGGAGAGUAUCUUGAUUGUAUAUCUCAGUAUUAUGAUAUUCCUGCUUCAGAACGUUCGGAUGAUGAGGUCACUAUGCUUCGCCAGAUUGCGGUUGAUUGUCCAAGAACUGUACCUGAUGUUCCUUUCUUCCAGCAACAGCAAGUUCAGAAAUCAUUGGAACGUAUUCUUUAUGCAUGGGCCAUUCGACAUCCUGCAAGUGGAUAUGUUCAGGGGAUAAAUGAUCUCGUUACACCAUUUUUAGUUGUUUUUAUAUCAGAAUACUUGGAAGGAGGUAUAGAUGAUUGGUCCAUGUCUGAUUUAUCUUCCGACAAAAUCUCUAAUAUAGAGGCUGACUGCUACGGGUGUUUGUCAAAGUUGCUUGAUGGUAUGCAAGACCAUUACACAUUUGCUCAACCUGGAAUUCAAAGGCUUGUUUUUAAAUUGAAGGAACUGGUCAGGAGGAUAGAUGAGCCUGUUUCACAACAUAUAGAGGAUCAGGGACUUGAAUUUCUUCAAUUUGCUUUCCGCUGGUUCAACUGUCUUCUAAUCCGUGAGAUACCAUUUGAGCUCAUCACCCGCCUUUGGGACACAUAUCUAGCUGAAGGAGAUGCCUUACCAGACUUCCUCGUGUAUAUAUUUGCCAGCUUCCUUCUAACGUGGUCAGACAAGCUACCGAGCUUGGAAUUCCAGGAGUUGGUAAUGUUCCUUCAACACCUUCCAACUCAGAAGUGGACUCACCAGGACCUUGAUAUGGUGCUUUCCCGGGCAUUUAUGUGGCACACCAUGUUCAACAACUCUCCAAGUCAUUUCUCUAGCUGA